GAUAACCACUUUGAUCCAACAGUCUCGGGCUCAUCCCCGUGAAAUAAUGACAGAGGUCCUGAAAGCCCUGCAAGAUUUGAAUGUCUGUUGGAAGAAGAUAGGGCACUACAACAUGAAGUGCAGAUGGGUUCCUAACAGCGCAGAUGGUAUGCUCAGUAACUCAAUGCACGAUAACAACUACUUUGGAGACGAGUCCAGCAUAAUAGAGAACGAUGCAGCUGUUAAGUCGCCGAAUGUUGUCAAGUUUGAAAUUCAGUUGUAUAAAACUCGGGACGACAAGUAUCUGCUGGAUCUGCAAAGGGUACAAGGUCCUCAGUUCUUGUUCUUGGAUCUCUGUGCUGCUUUUCUUGCUCAGCUCCGAGUCCUCUGAAUCCUAAGCCGGACCUCUUCAAGAAUAAUCUUCACUUCUUCUUUUCUUUUUCUUCUUCGUCUUAAGAAAUAUUCAGAAAGAAUUGAAAAGUUAGCUUUUUGUCUAUUUCUGUGCUCUACUAAAAUAACCUCUUUUUAACCUAAAUGUAAGACCGGACAACUCGAGUAAAAAAGUAAAAACAAAAAAAAUUGAUAUGA